UAGGUAUAAGUAUUAUAUAUAUAUUUAUUUUUACGUAUAUAACAUAUAUACUUUUAUAAGGAUAUUAUCCUUGUGAAAAUGAAGUUUGACGAUAUUCUUCGCAUUCUCGGGGAGUUUGGCCCUUACCAGCGAAGGAACUAUGCCCUACUAUGUCUGAUAGUAUUACCUCAAACAUGGAAUACCCUUAUUCAACUUUUUGCCAUGGGUGAUUCCGAUCACUGGUAUCACUGGUGCCAGGUGCCAGGGUGGAAUAAUACAUUUUGUGAGGAGGAGUAUGGAGUGCCGUGUGAUGUCGACACAAAGAAAAUAUUUAACAUCCCAUUAAUAGAUGGAAAGAGUAGUAAUCAAGAAUUCCAAAAAUGUGCAAGAUAUAACACAUCCGAUUUCCCCAUUCUUUCGGUGGUUAUUAAUAUUAAUGGUAGUUUCAAUUCCGACCAUCACCAAAUGGCCCGUAAGGACUUUCGGGCUGACCUGGAUGUAAUUCCAUGUGACGCUGGAUGGGAGUAUGACCGGAGCCAAUAUACACGGACUUUCGUUCAGGAGACGGACCUUGUGUGUGCUAACUCAAAAUACAUCCAGUUUCCACAAAUGUUCUAUUAUGGUGGUUACUUGGCAGGGAGUGCUAUAUUUGGAGCCUUGGGGGACAGAUUUGGACGGAAGCCAGUUCUCGUCAUCGGCAUGAUAUUUCGUAUUAUCUUUGGGUAUAGCCUUGCACUAGUUCAUAACUACUGGGCAUUUGCCGUGAUAAGAUUCUUCAACGGAACAUUUCAAAUAGGACCCUACAUCAUUGCUUAUGUGCUGGGCACCGAAUUUGUGGGAAUCUCUAAACGCAAUAUUUCAGGUUUGUUUUUCAGUAUUCCAUACGCAAUGGGAUACAUGAUGCUUGCCGGGAUCGCAUACUUGAUUCGAGAUUGGAGACUUCUUCAAAUCGCUCUGAUCACACCUUCAUUCCUUUUCUUUAUCGUCUUCCUUUUCCUCCCAGAGUCUCCUCGGUGGUUAUUAAGCCAAGGUAAGACCGAGAAAGCAAGGAAGAUAAUCCAACACGCUGCCAAGGUUAAUAAAGUCCAGCUUCCAGAUGAUUUCCUUGACGACCAAGAUGAUGCUAAUCAAAACUUGAAAUAUGAUGAGAAAGAGUCGGAAAGGAAGCCCAAUUUUACAGACGUAUUCCGUCAUCGUAGUAUGUGUAAGCGAACAUUCAUCUUAAUGUAUGCAUGGGCGGUGUGUGCAAUGGUGUACCACGGGUUAAAUCUGAGUACUUCAAACCUUGGUAUCGAUGUCUUCCUGUCUUUCUUUGUCUCUGCCGCCAUUGAGAUACCGGCCUACAUCCUCUCCAUCUUCAUUGUAGAACACCCUUUUUUUGGAAGAAAGAGAAGCACGGUCAUCAUGAUGUUGUGUGGAGGGGUAGCGUGUAUUCUUACCAUCUUCAUAACUCCUGGUCCGUUUAGAGCUGGAGUAGCCUUCAUUGGGAAAUUCGGAAUCUCAGGAGCAUUUAAUCUCAUCUACCUCUUCACUUUAGAACUGUAUCCAACAAUAUUGAGGACCGUUGGAUUAGGAAUGUGUUCCAUGGCGGGUCGAAUUGCUAACAUGCUAGCCCCUUUGGUACUGCUUACCGGAGAUUAUUGGAUACAUUCUCCGCUUCUCAUCUUUGGAACCUGCACAGUCCUGUCUGGUUUAUUGUGUCUCUUCCUGCCGGAGACCCGGGGCAAGAAACUACCAGAGACCGUUGAAGAUGGCGAGAACUUUGGAAAGAUGCCAGACACCAAUGGAAAAAUAUCAUACCCAGUAAACGGCUUUUAUGAGCUGGAUACAGAUAUCGUGAAUGACUCCUGUAGUGAACAUGGAGUUUAGUUCUAACUUUCGGUACACAUUGUUUAUUCUACCUGCAUGCCUAUAUUUCAACCUACAACUCAUCGGGUCGUUUCAAAAUUGGGUCUAAAUGGAAACGUGUUAGCCGAAAUUUGGGAUAAGCCAACGAGCGUAGAGAGCGUCAACACUUGAAUAUGAAAUCACAGCGUCCAAUGAAUAUGCAAUAUAAUUGGGUAUAGACAUUGGUGUUUAGGAUUUUAGCAUUAAAGGAGAAGUUCACCAUUGAAACAAGUUGGCUUAAAUGAAAGCAAGAAAUAUAGAAAGAAUAUUAGCGAAGAUCUGAUGAAAAUCCAGCAUAUAAAAAAGUUAUGAGUAUUUAUGUGCAAGCAGCUCCCCCAUGAUAAAUUCCACAUUUAAUAGAACAUGAUGAAUAAAACCUUUUUUCUUCUACCAGAAGGCCUUAUAUGAAAUAAUAUGUCUGAUGCUAUGUCACACGCCCAAAUAUAUAUAUAUAUUUUUUUUUUUUUGGGGGGGGGAGAAAAUAACAUUACAAAUUUAUAUCACACGACAGGGGGAGAUGCUCUUCUAUGACGUCACAAAAAAAAAAAAAAAAAUUCUGUGACGGUCUUUUAAGAAAUAUGUCAAAUACUUUCAAUUUCAGUUAACAUUUCUUAACUAUCAUAAUUUUGCAUUUUGAAUAUUAAGAUCAGUCAGGUCGCAGAAUCAGUAUAGUAGGGGAUAGGAUGAUGGCCCCUCUGUUCUUCAUGUGAUCACAAAAUUAAGAAAGGCCAAUAAGAAGCGAUCAAAACAAAGGAAAGUAAGGGGAAUCCAAUAUUACUGAAGAAAGAGAAAUGGAAAGUAGUGAAAAGAAAGUGCAUGGUUUGAAAUUAUGAUAAAGGUUAAUUUUCACUUAUGGAAGAAAAAAAACAUCUGGAGAUCGUCGCGACCCCUGUCAGAAUACUGAAUCCCUUGUUAGUUUGGUAUACAUUUGCUCCAUAGAAAAUAUCACCCCCAUUUUCAACGGGGGGGGGGGGUUUAUAUUUAGAUUUACUUAUUAGACCCCAACAUGAGUUUCCCUAUUUUUCUUUCUUUGUUCAAUGCGCUUUGUAUCAUGCUUUGGAAAAAGUGCCGGAAAGGUGCUAUGAUAUGUUAAUGAAAUAUUUUAUCUUUAUUUGUAUAUACUUCAUGGCCAUGGGAAGCGGGGCUACUGGGGGUGCUGAAGUACCCCCCCCCCAAAA